AUGGAGGCUUCGGUUGUGCCUAUAGUACCUCACGACGGAGCGAUGAAGUGUGGCUGCACGGAAGAACAGCUGCUGAUGCAGCAGGAACUACUACAGCAGCAGCAGAUGCUGCAGCAGCAGCAUCAGCUGCUGUUACAGCAGCAGCAGCAGCAGCAGCAGCAAGUUUUGCGACAGCAAACUGCAGUACGGGGACAGGAAAUCCAGCAAGAGCAGAGGCAGAGCAUGUGUAAGCAGCAGCAGGAGCAUCAUCAGCAGUCCCAGCAGCGGGAGCAGCAGCAGGAGCGGAGGGGCUAUUCUACCUGCGGGGGAGAGGAAGGAGUGCUGCCUGCUGGGCCGCUCUUUGUUGAGAAGAUGUCGUUGCUAAUGGAACAGCUUGCAACCUGUGGAGACGAAUCGUGUCGACGGCCGAGUGUGGCUACUCGAUUCGACUCAGUUUGUCCGCCCGCCACUUCGAUUGCUGCUUACAUCCCGCGGCUGUAUCGGCACUUCCGUUGUUCGGAGGAGGUGUUCGUCUUUGCGCUUAUUUACCUCGACCGCGUCAUACGCGCAAACCACAUCAAAAUCAACGCCCUUAACAUCCACAGGCUUGUGCUCGCUGCCAGCGUCAUUGGAGUCAAAUUCGUGGAGGACGUGCGGUACAGCAACAGAUACUAUGCAAGGGUGGGAGGCGUGGGCCUGACCGAGUUGAAUCGCUUGGAGUUAGCAUUCCUUAAACUGGUUAAGUUCGACUUGACGGUUUCAAAGGAGGAGUAUGCGGUAUACCGCAGCACGGUCCUCCUCGCCUGUCCCAAGCGACCCGUGUCGAACGCGCUUCCUGCAGAAACGCAGCAGCAGCAGCAUCAACCGCAACAGCAGCAACAGCAGCAACGGCAGCAGCUACAACGACAGAUGGGUGUGCCCGAUGCAGUGUCCAGUGGAAUGGACCCGCCCAACCCAGAAGCUUGUCCAAAAGACCAGCGGUCUUUCGACGUGAUAACCCCUGGUCCGCAGCAGGCGCAGUCACGUGCGCUAGUGCAACAACAGCAUCAACACCAUCAGGAGCACCACCAGCAGCAACAGUGUUCUCGGGGCUUGGCGGCGGCGUCCACUACUUCUACAGUAUCGACGACCCCAGAAGCCGGACCACCACAUCCGCCAGCAGGCUCGUCCUGUGUAUCUGUAGCAGUCCCAGUUGCGGCUACUGGUUUCGGUGCUGCGGGGGCAGGGGUCCCGCCUCUGCAGCAUCAGCAGCAAGACAGGAACAUGGGGUGCUUGCAGAGAACUGAGGUGCUUCCGCAAGAUGAGGUUAUGGCGCGGCCCCAUCUUCAGCAGCAGUGGCAGGGCUGUGGUCUGCAGUACAUAGGUGCCUACGAUCAGCAGCAAUGCCAAUCCCUGCACCAGACUCGCCUCAUGGUUGAGGCACAAAUUCAGCAUCAAGAGGAAGCCUCAAAGCAGCAGGGUCGGUUGUGUAGUCAAGAACGGCUAAUGGAACUGCAGCAGAAUCGCCAGCUGAUACAUGCUCAGCAGCUCUUGCUGCUGCGGGAGUACCAUCAGCAGCAGCAGCUAUUGAUGGAACAUCAACAGCAGCAGCAGUUGCUGCUUCUACGGCAGCAGCAGCAACUUCUGCUGCUUCAGGAGGGGGAGUUCAUGAUGAAGGAUGCUGCUAUGUCUCCGAGCAAUAGCUUCGCGCCCACGUCUCGCUGCCACAGCAGGGAUAGUCUGUCCAUAUGCGGGGGGUUUGGGAUGGAGACGGAAGACAAAAUGACGACAGCAGCUAGCGAUGAAGAGCUGCAGCUAGCCAGUCCUAUGAAUGGCUUGAGAGACGUGCUGACCGCUGAGGUCCCCUGA